GUAACAAAUUGACAACCUUUCAGCUUUCGUGGUAAUUUAUAAAGGUUUUAUCAUAGCAGCAAACAUGCCGUUUUGCCUACAGAAAGCAUUCGAACAUGUAAAAUAACUACAGUUCAAAAUCUUACUUCUAAUUGUUUUCAUUACCUUCUGUAGCCAAAAUUUAAAAUCAAAUAUGUCAUGGUAUUUGAAACAAGUUUAUCAUAGCAUUCUGUUCCUCUAGAGAACCGUUCAAUCAAAACUACAAACGUAGACUUAUGAAUGUUGUGAUAAAUUAUUCUAUAAAUGUGCUUUGUUAUUAUAAAAGGCAGGAGUAAGCCAAACGGUUUUAUCCAUAAUCAAACGGCAUUUAAGCCAGCCAGCUGAUCAGCGGCUGCCUGCUGGCCGAGUGCCAUCUUUGUUUUUGGCACAUAAUUCACAUCCCGUAAUGGCCCUCCUGCGCGAGCCAGCAAGAAUCUAUGUUUUUAACCAAAGCUAGCUCCGGGUGGAAGUUCAUCUCGGCAUUCUCCAGGCCGUGAAAGUAGAACAGAACCUGGGACGGAAUCACAAACGGGGCACUUUACGAAGCACUCACCAGUGCCACAUCAUGGAAGAGGUUCAUAGCCGGCUUCUCUAAUUGGAGGAUAAAUUGGCACUUCUCAACAACACUCUUCUAAAUAUUCAGCUACUUACCACUCGAUUCUCGAUAGCUUAAUAUGAUGACCGAUUAGAAAACGUCCAUCGUACGUAUUUUCUGCCGUUUGAUAAUCAAAUACCCAAAAUGCGGUACUUUUACCGGAAUGUAUGAUUCAAAUGUAAACAUCACAUUCCAGCUGUCAAAUUUUUCACAGGUUGCUGUUUAGUCUUCAUAUAAGUAAAAAAAUAACUAAACGGUUUUAGAUUAGCUUUUAACGUAACCAUUUAGCUUACAGGUUAUCACUACAAAUGUAAUCACAAGACAUUAUACGUUAAAUGAUGCUUUUAUGAAAGCAAACUGGAGAUGAUUGAAAAAUAGAUGUUUUCGCUGACGACAUGUUGGAUUGUUGAAUUUGUCUUGUUUGGUAAUGAUUUUCAAGCAUACUUUCAGGUGGUAUUUUUAUGUUAUAGUAAUGAUUUUGAUGAGGGCUCUUAUUUUUUCACAUCUUUACUAGCAUAUUUCACAUUAAAUUUCAUUGGGCAAUUAGAGUGGCGGCACUAUACGAUAAUAUUCACCGUGCGAAGUUUGCAAAUUUGGAACGUAUUAAUUGCAUUAUUUCUCUGGGAGUUUUGUUUUUUCUUUCAUGAUAAAUUUAUCAAGAGUAAAUAAAAUUUAUAAAUUCAGAAUAGUUUCGAUAAAAAUCAUUAUUAGUCGAUUCAGCUGAUACAACGCAUCCAAAAAUAUGAUGUGCACCUGAACGUUUACCAAACGUAUCCUUUUAACUGUACCCUUCCACUAACAACACCCAAAUCCCCGUGACGGCUAGGCCAGAAAGAAUGUAGAGGUCUCUACUUAUGUAUGUGCUUUUUAAGGUGUCCAACUAACCUUCCUUCCCCAUCCCUCGGCUGUCGCAAGGACGUGGUCAGGACAGCACUCGAUCGUUGGAGGAUUGCGUCAAUCUUGCCUAAGAGCCAGAGAUUAGUCCUAAAUCUUUGUGCUGUGGUAACGGACGGGAAGAAGGCAACACUUAUAACAGCGGUCCAGGACUGUACCACCUACGAAUUUAUGCGACGUGGUUAAUGCUAAUACUAAUGCAGUGUUGAUUUCCGCACAAAACUCGGCAACCGUGCUAAAGGUUGCGAAAAUCAUCGCAGUUUCAUGUGUCGCAUUAUGGGGCUUGGUUCAGUUUUAUAUACGGCCAGUUCUACCGGUGCUGGUCCGGAUCACUGAAAUGGCCAUAACUCCGGAACGCCUUGACCGAUCCGGACCAUUUCUCAUAGCAAACAAUGCGGUAAAAUUCCGGUUUGAUUCGAGCUUUAAUCCAAAAAAUCGGCCAAUGAGAAAUGCUUUAAAGUGAGUGAACUUUUUUGCGCACAGACAUACAUACAUACACACAUACAGACAUCAUCUUAAUUCGUCGAACUGAGUUGAUUGGUAUAUGUGACUUGACACUCCGAGCUUUCUACCGAAAAUUCGUUUUUUGAGUGAACAUAUAGCCUUUCAGUGCACUUUGGUGUACGAAAAAGGCAAAAAAAAGAAAUUUAUACGUGACGUAAAUCAUCAACGCACGUGAACCAUGACUGAACGGCAAAUCUGACUCAAUUUUACAUCCAUCAUAUGAUUGCACAAAAUGUCAACAAACUCAUCCCACCAGAUACGCAGAAACAGUUCAACAUUAAUCAUCAGCCUUUUAACUCGCUGUAAUAGCUGGGAGUUAUAGUGUGUGCUUCUCAACCAGCAGACCAGUGUUCGCAUCCAUGUCGAUAUUUUACUUUUUUUAUAGCCAACUUGUCGAUUUGGUUCUAGCGAUUGAUAGACCGAUUGUUGCUGAUGAAGGUGAUGUAAGUUUAAGUAAACGGGCUGCUCCUUUUAUGUGCAUCCAAGUGAACCUAAAUUUAUAUUAUUUUUUUCUAAGAGUGCUGAUCAUGCUUGGGCAAUUGAAAUUUGCUUUUUGAACGACUCAUGCGAUACGAAGCGAUAAUUUGAAAUAUUGCACCACCCUAAUGCUAGUCCUAAAUUGUGAACCACCACAAGCAUAUAAAACGCGGUUGGGAUAGCUUUUUCUGUCAAACAUUCAGUGCUACCAGCGAGAUCGUUCGAGAGCAGACUCAAAAUGAAAGGAUUUUCGAUAAUGCUACUUUUCAUCGCUGCACUUGACGGAAUAGCAACAUUCACUGCUAAUAUAAAUAAACGCGACCAAAAUGCGGUUGACAUUCGCGAUUUCCAUUGGCCAGGUGAUGCUGAUUGGAUGAGAAAAAUUCCAGAUGAAAAUUUUCUAUUUUUUAUUGACGCCGUGGUGGACAUUCUGCCGCAAAAUUUUACUAAUCAGUUUAAGAAAUGCCAUUCUACCGUAUUUUAUGGUGGAGAUGUUAAAACAAUUCAUAUAAACCCCAAAUUAGUCAACGUUGUAUUAGAGCGAACGUCUACUAAAAAUGUAACAAUUGAAGGCGGUAGGUUCUACCAGCUAGAAAGAUUGCAGUGUUCGGAAACGCACCUGAAAAGUGUUCCAGAGAACAUUAAUCAACUGAAAAAAUUGAAAUAUUUAAUUCUGACGCACAACUUAAUAGAAACAGUUCAACUUGACCUGCUUAAUGGGUUGGAUAAUUUAAUAGGUAUUCUUCUGUACGGCAAUUACAUCAAGCACAUAUACAGUCAUGGUUUGGUGAGUUUGCCAUCACUAACUUCUUUCCAUCUUCAAAACAAUCAAAUGAAACAUUUAGACGUAUGCAGUUGGAGCAUGCCGUCGCUUUUCGAACUUCUUCUUGCUGGUAACAAGUUGACACAUUUCGCAAUCAACCAUUUCAGCGGGCUGAAACGUGUCACUAUGGCUAGAAACCCAAUAAACUGUGCAUGGGAAAAUAGUUUACUACUAAAAGACAAAUCAGAUAUAAAAUUCGAAGACGGACUAUCUUGCGAUAAAGAAAGCGAGGGUGUCUUUGUAUUGGAUUGUCCAUCGAAUUUUGAUUCCAGGUUAGCCGUAAUUGAACAAACAGUAUUGAACAACAGCCAACAAUUUGCUGCUAUCAACAAAAAAAUUCAAAAUAUAGAGGAAUUGCUGAAAAAUCUUAGUGGAAAGGUAAUCGAGCAGCGAAAUGUCUCCAACGAUAUAAUCGAGGCCUUUUAUAGGUCAGAAAUUGAGAGAACGUCUCAAACCAAGAGAAAUACAUAAUCUUCGCGGAAAAUAAGUUCUCAUAGUUAGAUUUAAUUUAGCUGACUUGUCCUAUGUUCUUUCAAAUUAUGUACAAACAUAUUUAUAAAAAUAUAUUUAUAUAAUAUAUACAAAAAAGCA